UAGGAAACAAAUACAAAACUUUCAACACAUGAGCUCUCGGCCUUGCUUUGCCUGUUUGUAAUUAAUGACCAUCUCUUUCACUGCACUCCUAUAAAACACUUUUUCCUCAGCCUUCUUCUCCCUCACAUAUAAUUGUAGUUCUUCCUUCAUCAACUCCUUAAUUUAUCCAGCUCCACCUCUUCCUUCCUUCACUUGCUUCCACACAUUCCAAGAAGUAACCAUUAUUUCUGGUCUUUCAAGCCAUAUUUUUAAGUGCAUUGCUUGAGGCUUUACGAUAUCGCAAGUCAAGAAAGGUGUUCUUAACGUGUCGGUCCGUCGAUCAAAUGGAGAUAUCAACGGCACUAAUGAUCUUAUCGGUUGUUUUGGCAUAUUUACUUUGGUUCAGAUUCAUCUCUCGGUCAUUGAGAGGCCCGCGUGUCUGGCCUCUACUGGGGAGCUUGCCUGGUCUCAUCCAACAUGCUAAUCGCAUGCAUGACUGGAUCGCGGACAAUCUUCGAACGUGCGGAGGCACGUACCAGACUUGCAUCUGUGCUCUUCCAUUUUUGGCUCAGAAACAGGGGCUCGUGACGGUCACUUCCGACCCUAAGAACGUGGAACACAUUCUUAAGGUCCGGUUCGAUAAUUACCCCAAGGGUCCAAACUGGCAGGCAGUGUUCCACGAUUUGCUCGGAGAUGGGAUCUUCAACUCCGACGGUGACACGUGGCUAUUCCAACGAAAGACUGCCGCACUAGAAUUCACCACUCGGACGUUGCGCCAAGCCAUGGCAAGGUGGGUGAGUCGGGCCAUUAAGUUUAGGUUCUGCCCUAUUCUCGAGAUUGCUCAGCUAGAAGGAAAGUCGGUUGAUCUUCAAGACCUCUUGCUUCGGCUCACUUUCGAUAACAUCUGUGGCUUAACUUUUGGUAAGGAUCCACAGACUCUAUCUUUGGGACUACCCGAGAAUGGCUUUGCUCUGGCUUUCGACCGAGCCACCGAAGCCACGCUGCAACGCUUUAUUGUGCCUGAGAUAGUGUGGAAACUAAGGAAAUGGCUCGGGCUCGGAAUGGAAGUCAGCUUGAGCAAAAGCUUGCAACACAUCGACCAAUACUUAACCAACAUCAUCAACACACGUAAGCUCGAGCUGCAGAGUCAGCAACAAGGUGGCAUUGGGUCCCAACACGAUGACCUGCUGUCAAGGUUCAUGAAGAAAAGGGAGUCCUACUCGGACGAAUUUCUCCAACACGUGGCUCUUAAUUUCAUCUUAGCUGGACGUGACACGUCGUCGGUCGCACUAAGCUGGUUUUUCUGGCUGGUUAGUCGGAACCCAAGAGUGGAAGAGAAAAUCCUCAUCGAAUUAUGCGCCGUCCUGAUGGAGACACGUGGCAACGACCCCUCCAAGUGGGUAGAAGAUCCCCUAGUGUUUGAAGAAGUUGACAAAUUGAUAUACCUUAAGGCAGCAUUGUCCGAGACCUUAAGGCUUUACCCAUCUGUGCCUCAGGACUCGAAGCACGUAGUUGCAGAUGACAUUUUGCCGAGUGGAGCUUUUGUACCAGCAGGCUCAUCCAUCACAUAUUCCAUAUAUGCAAUCGGGCGCAUGGAGUUCAUUUGGGGAGAAGAUUGCCUCGAGUUUAAGCCCGAGAGAUGGUUAUCCCUAGAUCAGAAGAAACUCGAGGUACAAGAUUCAUUUAAGUUUGUCGCCUUUAAUGCAGGUCCAAGGAUUUGCUUAGGGAAAGACUUGGCUUAUUUGCAAAUGAAGUCGAUUGCGGCGGCGGUGCUGUUGCGACACCGGCUAUCGGUGGUGCCAGGCCACCGUGUGGAGCAGAAGAUGUCCUUGACAUUGUUCAUGAAGUACGGGCUCAAGGUUAAUGUGCAGGCAAGGGACUUGAAACCUGUCUUGGACAAGAUUUGCAUAGGUGCGUGACAUAUGCAUGCAUGCAUGCUAGCUGCUCUCAUGAGUUAAUGGGGUUUUGGGGGAUUUGGUCAAUAGGAUGAUUCAUAUUAAAGUAAUAUAUAUCUUGGUAAUUUCAAAAUUAAUAAUAUUCCGCUCGAUCCGUAGAGGGGCGAAACAAAAAUGGCAGUAUCAUGAGGGUGUCUGUUAUGGUAAAUCAUGAUUAGCAUCUGUCAUAUUUACAAGUUCUAUCUUAUACGUGUAUUUACUUAUGUAACCUGUGGAGGAAAGAAGGUUGGUGUGUGCAGGGAGCAAUAUGAUAAAUGGAGAAGAAUAGGAAUAAUGUAAUGAAGCGGUAGAUGGCCGGAGCUGCUAUUAAUAUCAAAGAUUACAUUUCACUUCUA